AUGAAGAGUCUCGCUUACCUCACGCUCGUGUUCUCUGCAGUCCAUACAGGCCUGCUAAGAGAAAGACAAACCUGCCCACAGGUGUGUGCCUCCUCUCAGUGUCCUGCCCCACCGCACGCGUGUUACUACGGCCAGGUGAAGGACGCCUGCGGCUGCUGCGUGGUGUGUGCGGCCGGGGAAGGUGAAGCGUGCGGGAAGCGCAGCAGCGGCCACCUGUCCUGCGGUAACGGGCUACGGUGCGACUCAGGCCCGGGGAAAACCGGAGGGUUCCACAGCCUGUGCGUGUGUGCCUCCUCCGGCCCGGUGUGUGGCAGCGACGGCAGGACGUACCCCAGCAUCUGCCGCCUGAGAGCCGAGAACAGGAGAGCCGAGCUCAGAGAGACCUCCCCAGUGUUUUUAAUCCAGAGGGGUCGGUGUGACUCUGGGGCACAGCAUCCGGGAAGUAUACGCUACAAGUUUAACUUCAUUGCAGAUGUGGUGGAUAAGAUUGUCCCAGCUGUGGUACACCUGGAGCUUUUUCAAAGAGUGCCAUUUUCCAGUGAGGAGGUCUCUGUGUCGAGUGGCUCUGGGUUUAUAGUUUCAGAGGAUGGCUGGAUUGUCACAAAUGCUCACGUGCUUACCAACAAACAGCGGAUAAAAGUUGAGUUGAAAAGUGGCGUGCAUUAUGAUGCUGCGGUCAGGGAUGUGGAUCAGAAGAUGGACAUCGCUCUCAUCAAAAUCGAUCCAGAUGGUCCCUUGCCCGUGCUGCGUCUCAGCCAGUUCUCAGACCUGCGUCCAGGUGAAUUUGUGGUGGCAGUAGGAAGCCCUUUCUCUCUGCAGAACACUGUCACCACUGGCAUUGUCAGCACUGCCAAUCGCAACAGCCUAGAGCUGGGCUUUAAGGACUCUGACAUGGACUACAUCCAAACUGAUGCCAUUAUAAAUUAUGGAAACUCUGGUGGACCGCUUGUCAACUUGGAUGGAGAUGUAAUAGGCAUAAAUACUCUGAAAGUGGCUGCUGGAAUUUCUUUUGCCAUCCCUGUGGACAGAAUACGUCAGUUUCUUGCCAACUCCUACAACAGACAAGCCAGCGGAAAUUCACUACCAAAAAAGAAAUUCAUAGGUGUCCGGAUGGUACAGCUCACACCAUCUUUAAUCCGAGAUCUCAAGGAACGUGAGCCAGAAUUUCCAGAUGUGAGCUCAGGUGUUUACAUCUAUGAGGUAAUACCUGGAACAGCUGCAUCCAGGGGAGGUAUGACUGAUCAUGACGUCAUCAUUGGCAUCAAUGGACAGCCUGUCCACACCACUCAGGAAGUGAGCGAUGCCGUCAGACACAGCACCUCACUCUUUGUUUUGGUGAGAAGAAAGGAUGGGGAUGUUACGCUAAUGAUCAUCCCUGAAGAAACUGACUGA